AUGGCGCCCCAAGACUAUGACGAUGACGACUUCGUCGACCAGUACGACGAAGACCUUGGAGAGGAGGAGGACGAGCUGAGCCCCGAAGACAAGAUCGCAAUGAAGAACGGAACGACAGAGGUGCGCAAGGCCCUUGGAGAAGAAGCGAGCAAGGUCACAGAUGCGCAAAUACAAGAGGCUCUAUGGCAUUACUACUACGAUGUCGACAAGUCGGUCGCAUACCUGACAAGGACCUUCAUUGCGCCACCUCCAAAGCCAGCGCCAAAGCCAGCGCAGAAGCCGGCGCCCAAGAAGGCACCAGAAGAGAAGCCUCGGAUACCCGCCAAUUUCUUCGACGAUAUGCCCUGGCUAAACAUACCGCGGGGCCGAGAAACCGUUUUCAUUGAAACGCCGCGCCCUCGCGGUGGGCUGUUGGGCGGUACUGGUUCUGCCCCCAAGAUGUCGAAAUUGCAAGCCUUGGCUGCCAUGCGGAAGAGAAAGAAUGAGGAGAAGAAGGCCCAAGAGAGGCCCGAUUCCUUAGAGGGCGAAGUGACGAAGCUUGCGCUUUCUGAUGAUACAGACAAAGAAAACCCGGUAGUGAGCCGCAGUCACGCCCCCUCUGCAUUCGCUCAGGCGCUUUUCGAGUCGGAUUCAGAGGCAGAUCAGCGACAAAGGAGGGAUGUGUUCGCAAUGCCCUACACCCAAUCAUCCCUAUUCGUUGCGUCCGUCUUCUCAGAGCCCAGCCCAGACGAUAUUGUGCUCGCAGCCCGGGCAAAAGCGGGUAAGAAGGCUCCAGCCACGCCGAAGACUCCCAAGAAGUCACAAAAGAACGAGGAAUCAUCAAAAGAGGGCGGACUUGCGGGCGGCGUGGCAAGCCUCAAGGUAACCGACAGCCCGCCGCCCAAGAGCAAAGGCAUUGAUGUCAUCAAGGAGUUUGAGCAGAGCGCUAGCAAGAAACACGCAAGUUUCGUGGUUGUUGGCCACGUCGAUGCUGGCAAGAGUACGCUGAUGGGCCGGCUCCUGUUGGAGCUGAAACUUGUGCAGGAGCGUACAGUGGACAAGUAUCGCCGGCAAGCCGAGAAGGCGGGAAAGGCGUCGUUCGCACUGGCAUGGGUCUUUGAUCAAAGAAGCGAGGAAAGAGAUCGAGGUGUGACAAUUGACAUUGCCACGAACCAUUUCGAAACCGAGUCGACGAACUUUACGAUUCUGGACGCCCCGGGGCAUCGAGACUUUGUGCCCAAUAUGAUUGCCGGUGCCAGUCAGGCUGAUUUUGCCGUCUUGGUGAUUGACGCCAGCACUGGAGCUUACGAAAAGGGGCUGAAGGGGCAGACGAAGGAGCAUGUCCUGCUCCUCCGAAGCUUGGGCGUGCAGCGGAUAGUCGUUGCCGUGAACAAGCUCGAGGCGGUCGGGUGGUCCCAGGACAGGUUCCAGGAGAUAUCAGAGGAAAUCUCUGGCUUCUUGACUGGUCUAGGAUUCCAAGAGAAGUCCAUCAUGUUCAUCCCCAUCUCGGGAUUGAAUGGAGACAACAUCGUCAAGAGGUCAGAGGACGAGGCUUGCAGUUGGUAUACAGGGCCUACUUUGAUAGAGGGCCUAGAGGCCUCUGUGCCGUCCACCGUACGAUCUUUGCAGAAGCCUUUCCGGAUGGCGAUUUCGGAGAUUUUCCGCUCGCAGCAAGGCACCACCACACUUGCCGGUCGCAUCGACUCCGGCACCAUCCAGGUCGGCGAUGCUCUGUUGGUGCAGCCCAGCGGGGAGUCGGCGCACAUCAGGUCCAUCAUGCUCGAUACCGAGGCCAAGGACUGGGCCGUUGCUGGUCAGAACGUGAGCAUUGGCUUGACAGGCAUUGAUCCCGUUCACGUCAAGGUGGGAGACAUUGUUUGCCACACAAAGGAUCCCAUCAACGUUGGCGAUACGUUUACCAUGAAGGCAAUGGCGUUUGCCCAUCUGAUGCCCAUGCCGGUAGAUCUCCACCGUGGCAGGCUUCACGCAGCAGGCCAGAUCCAGUCAAUAGCGGCUCUACUGGACAAGGCCACGGGAGAGGUGACCAAGAAGAAGCCCAAGGUGGUGCAGCCGGGGUCGGUUGCUCGCAUUUUGAUCAAGCUGGACGCCAAGGUGCCUCUGGAAGCCGGACAGCGGGUUGUGAUUCGGAGUGGGGGAGAGACCAUCGCCGCUGGCUUGUUAGAGUAA